AGAUAUUUAAACCGCGACUUUGCAGGUACUGCCAACGUUUAGCUAUACGAGAUUUUCACCAUCGCUUUUAAAUUGCAUUUUCGAAUGUAAAAUGGUGGAAAGCGGCGCAGAAAGUGACUCAAAUAGCAGUUCCGAUGGCAGCAGUAGCGGCAGCAGCAACAGUUCCUCCUCCAGCUCCAGUAGUGGCAGCGGUAGCCCCAGUCCCAGCGAUGCUGGCAGUAGCCGAAGUCGGCAUAGUGCAAAAGCAAAAGAUGUUGGUGACGGGGACAACCCACGGGGCAAACAAGAGGUAAAGAAGCCAGCAACUGAAUCAGUGGACGACGCUGUGACAGAGAAGCCAGUAGCAGAGGUGGAGAAGGAGUUAAAAGAAACUGAAACCAAACAGGAUGAUAAGAAGGAGAGCAAAGAUGAGCAGCAUGAGAACAGAGGGGAAAAUGAGGACGCAGCAGAGACUCCAGCUAUUGCAGCCACGUCUAAAGCUGAUGUGUUAGAAGAAGAAAAAGCAACAACAGAGAAAAUAACACCUGAUGCUCCAGCAAGUGCAGAGCAUGAGAAGACAGUGAACACCAAUGGCAAUCCAGAUGUAAAAGACAUUACCGAUUCUCCCAAUCACAUAGAAGAAGGCGAAAUAACCGAUAAGGAUGAGGAUGACUUACCGCCGACUGAGAAGGAUAAACCGCCGCCGGUUUCCCUUUCGAGUGCCAUUCGAAAGCCUAGUCCUCAAGAGGACAGACGCAGACGGCGCCGUAGUUCAAGUCGUAGCCCAAGUCGGCGGAGACGUAGAACCAGAAGCCGGACACGUAGCCGUAGUAAAAGCCCCAUACGCCGUCGCUCCAGCUCCUUGGAACGGCGUCGUGUGGAGCGACUGAAACGUCACGAGGAGCGGGAAAAACGUGAUGAGGAGCGUGCCAAAGAGCGGGAAAAGCGUCAUCGGCGACGGGGCGAACGUUCACGCUCCCACUCCCGCUCCCGUUCGGCACGGUCCAAAUCAUCAGAUCCCGCGCAACUCACAACCGAUAAUGCCACCGUGACCGAUCCCAAGGCCAAGAUUACCGAUCGCCAGCGUCGUACUGUGGAUCUGCUGACUUCGCGCACCGGCGGCGCCUAUAUACCGCCGGCCAAGCUGCGUCUCAUGCAGGCCGAGAUCACGGACAAGGCGUCGGCUGCCUAUCAGCGUAUCGCCUGGGAGGCUCUCAAGAAAUCCAUUCAUGGUUUCAUUAACAAGGUGAAUGUGACCAAUAUAGCCAUUAUUACAAGGGAAUUGCUCCAUGAGAACAUUGUUCGGGGGCGUGGUCUCUUGAGUCGUAGCAUUAUUCAGGCUCAGGCAGCGUCGCCCACUUUUACCCAUGUCUAUGCCGCUCUGGUGGCAAUCAUAAAUUCCAAAUUUCCAAAUAUUGGUGAACUUUUGCUCAAACGUCUGGUCAUUCAGUUCCGACGAGCAUUUCGGCGGAAUGACAAGAUGGUUUGUAUGUCGGCCACUCGAUUUAUUGCUCACUUGGUCAACCAGAGAGUGGCCCAUGAGAUUUUGGCUCUGGAGAUCCUUACCCUGCUGGUGGAGACACCCACCGAUGAUUCGGUGGAAGUGGCCAUUGCAUUCCUCAAGGAAUGCGGCAUGAAGCUGACCGAAGUUUCAUCGAAAGGCAUUGGGGCCAUUUUCGAGAUGUUGAGGAAUAUCUUGCAUGAGGGAAAGCUGGAUAAACGCGUUCAAUACAUGAUUGAAGUGCUCUUCCAAGUGCGCAAGGAUGGUUUCAAGGAUCAUCAGGCCAUUGUGGAUGAACUGGAGCUGGUCGAAGAGGAUGAUCAAUUUACCCAUCUCAUGAUGUUGGACGAAGCCACCGAAACCGAGGACAUACUGAAUGUCUUUAAAUUUGACGAAAAUUUCGCAGAAAAUGAAGAGAAAUACAAAGGACUGAGCCGAGAGAUAUUGGGUAGCGAUGCCAGCGGUUCCGAUGGCAGCGGUUCGGGCUCCGAUUCUGGGUCUGAUUCCGAUUCCAAUUCUAAUGGUGACUCCGGUUCGGAGGCAGAGGGGGCAGAUGCUGGGGAAGGCAAACCGGAUGCUGGGGAUAUUAUUGACAAUACCGAAACGAAUCUAAUUGCCCUGCGGCGUACCAUCUAUUUGACCAUCAAUUCAAGUUUGGACUACGAGGAGUGCGCCCACAAGUUAAUGAAAAUGCAAUUAAAGCCCGGGCAAGAGGUUGAGCUGUGUCACAUGUUUCUCGAUUGCUGUGCCGAACAGCGAACCUAUGAGAAAUUCUACGGCCUUUUGGCCCAAAGGUUCUGCAACAUCAACAAGAUAUAUGUGCCGCCGUUUGAGGAGAUCUUCAAGGACACGUAUCAGACGACUCAUCGCCUGGACACGAAUCGUUUGAGGAAUGUGAGCAAGUUUUUUGCCCAUUUGCUCUUCACCGACGCCAUCAGUUGGGAUGUGCUGGAGUGCAUCCAAUUGAAUGAAGACGACACAACAUCAUCGAGCAGAAUCUUUAUUAAGAUUCUGUUCCAAGAGUUGGCCGAGUAUAUGGGUCUGGGCAAGCUCAAUAACAAGCUAAAGGAGGAAGUCUUAAUAGAGAGUUUGGCCGGUCUGUUUCCCAAGGAUAAUCCCAGAAACACACGAUUCUCGAUUAAUUUCUUUACCUCAAUUGGUUUGGGCGGACUUACUGAUGAUUUGAGGCGUUUCUUGAAGAAUGCCCCAAAGCAAGUUCCUGCCAUUAAUGCGGAAAUUCUGUCCGCCACUGUUGCAGCUAAUGAUAGUGGUGGCAAGAAUCCCUUCAAGGAUAAAUCUGCAAAAAAAUCUUCAAGUUCAUCCUCAUCUUCGAGCAGUGACUCGAGUGAUGAAGAGCAGCAAAAGUCCAGCACCAGCGAUGAGGAUAGCGACAGUGAGUCAUCCAGUUCGGAAUCCUCUAGUGAACCGCAACGCAAGCGCAAACGCCAGGACACCAAGCACAAAAAGAAGAAGACGAAAAAGCAAAAGCUACGAGAAUCAAAGAAGAAAUCCAAAAAAGAAAAGAAACGCGCUGAAAAAGAGAAGAAGAAGGCAUCAAAAAAGAAGUCGAAGCGAAAACGCAAGCGUGAUCAAUCGAGCAGCAGUUCUAGUUCCCAAUCUUCAGCCUCCACCUCUGAAUCAUCCUCCGCCUCAUCAUCAUCAUCUAGUAGUGAAGAUGGCGAACCCAAGGCCAAGAUCACACGGAAGGAGCAAACUAAUCAGAGCACUAACAACAUAUACAAGGGCAGAGACAGCGAUGACUUCAAUUUAGAGGGACCUGUGGCAGCAUCACCGCAAUCCAAUGGCCAUGCGGUGCGCAGGGAUCGCAGAGAACGACGACGAUCUGAAGAACACAGAGACGAUCGAAGGACUCGUGACAACGAUCGUGAUCGGGCAAACGAUAGAGAAAAGGAACGGGAUAGGGCGAGAGAACGUGAUCGAGGAUUCGACAAGGAAAGAGAACGUGAUCGAAUAUCUGGUAGGGAUCGGAAUAGAGGGACUGAGAAGGAAAGAGAAAGAGAUCGUAAUAAACGAGCUGAAAGAGAACCUGAAAGAGAUCGCGAUCGUGAUCGUCACCGUGAACGAGAUCGUGAUAAUUCCAGAAGGGAACGCGACCGCAGUCCACACAGGGGAUAUCGGAGACGUAGCGUUUCCAAGGGUCGGUCUUAAGACUCUUGAUUCUACCAAUUUUCUCCUACAUUGUAUGUUAAUUAUGUACAAAGAACCGAUCUGAAAAAACAAUUAUAAAUGUACAAACUAUCAAGGCAAACAACAAAAACCAAAUAAUCAUUUCAAUCAGGGAGUUAGCUGGGCUUUUAAAAUUUCAAUCAAAUCCUUAUAUUUAGCAGAAGCUCAUAAAAUUUCAAUUGUUUUCAGAAUUCUUCUCAAGUUUUGUGAUCAAUCUUAAUAAAUAUUUGUAGAUUUUCAA